AUGGACGAGGGUUCUGAUUCAAAAGCCCCUCGACGCAAGAGGGUCUCGAGGGCCUGCGACAGGUGUCGCAGUAAGAAGGAUAAAUGCGAUGGGCUUCGUCCUGCUUGCUCAGCCUGUCAGGCUUCUGGCCAGACAUGCUCAUACGAUCCCAAUGCGAAGAAGCGCGGCCUGCCCGAAGGUUACGUUCGGGGCAUGGAGAAGCUCUGGGCCUUGUCGAUCUGCAACAUUGAUGGCUUCGAGGAUACCAUGCUCUCCCUCUUGGGCACAACGCCAGAAUCCGCCGGCCGGAGGGAUAGGGUGAUGUCACUAUGGUCUGAUGAUGGUGCAUCGGAGAGUCUGCAUGAGUCUUGGAAAACUAGCCAUCUUUACAGUGCACUCGAGAAGAUGCUGUCGGCUAACUCGGAAUCAUCACCGUCGCAGACCUCUGGGAAACGGACCCGAGCGGAUAGUGCAUCUAUCUCCAGCAGUGAAUGGGGUCUUCGAGUAGAUCAAAGCACGAAUCCUCGACUUGAUGCACCACGCGUGGUCUCCCCGUCCGCUUCUCCCCGUCUCAAGAGGUCUCGGUUAUCUCUACCAACAGAUGGCCGAGCUGCAUCGCAGCCUCAAAGCAAGGGCCUUAACAUGUUGCAACUUCCUCCGCAGACGUCCCAUCUACUGGACGUCUAUUUCGCCACCACCCAUUCCUGGUUCCCGAUCGUAGCGAAACAUAACAUCCUACGAGCAUCCUACCUUUAUGCAAACCCAACCCUGUCCGUUACAAAUGUAUCCCCUGGUUCCGGUGACCAUGCAGCACUAUGGGCCAUCUUGAGCUAUACCGUUUCCCAAUCCCGGGCCAAUCAACUCGACGGCCCUUCAGGUCUACUUACGAAGACAAAGGGAUACUAUUCGAUAGCGCAGAGUUUGAUCCCGUCGGAGAACGAGCAUCAUGAACUGGGUCAUGUGCAGGCGUUGCUACUAUUGACCUUGGUGAAUAUUGGCCUAGAGGAGUGGACAGCGGCCUGGCUGAUGAGCGGCAAAGCCGUCCGGAUGGCUAUCUCCAUGGAUCUUGGGACUAUAACCAACACUCGGCGGUCAGAGGAGCUCCGACAGGGUAAAGCAACUUUCUUGGGUUGUUUUGUAGUUGACUCCUUGCUGUCAUUCCGUCUCUCUCGAAGACCUUGUAUGCACCCGCGGGAUCUGUCGCCCGUGGGCUUGUUGGAAGAAGAUGGCCUGGAAGAGUGGAAUUCCUGGCCCGACGUCUUGCUGCCUACAGGAGCAGCGCAGACAAAGAACCCACCACGGAGAGGUCCCCUUCUUGCUCUCAGCUGCUUUAAUCGCCUGGUCGAACUGGCGAGUGUGUUGAAUAAGGUCGCGCGAGACUGUUCUGCGGGGCCAAACAGCCAUGCAUUUGCGCAGCAGAUGGUCUUGGAACUCAAACAAUGGGAUGACCACCUGCCUUUGGGAUGUCGACUAAUUGGUGCCGAAAGCAUUUACCCGGAGCGGCAUUCCGCUCUGCUUCCGCACCAGAGCUACCUGGGGUUGGUAUAUGCUGCCACACUCCUAUGGCUUUAUUUACGUAUCGCACCUCAGGAGCUUGGCCUGCAUCACUCACAGCGGCCUGCCACCGAAGGUGCAAAGAAAUUGUUGUAUCGAGCGCUUCCGAUGAUAUCCCAGCAUUUGGAUAAUUUUCCAAUGUGUGGACUGCCGCCAGUAUUCGAGCUGUCUCUGCGCACCAUCACUGAGCAGGCGUUUGCACUACGAACCAUGAUAGAGUCAGAUUCGUUUCCGUUUUCACAGUGGACGGAGGCACUGGUCAAGCGGACAAAGGAGCUCACUCCAACAUGGCCGGCCUAUGCCACGCUGCUUACUACUAUCGAGCGUUGGUAUCGGUCAGGCAGUCUGUCCGAGGUUCCGUCCAUGGCGCUGCAAGGGACAAUGAAUGUCCCAGGACUUUCCCCGGGGUCUGUGACAAUGACAGGGAAUCACCCACAGGGCAGUAAUUCGAUUCGGUCCCAGGCAAACAUGCCGGGGGCUGCGAAGCAGGGCUUGUCUUCGUCAAUACUUGGUAUAGCGAUGCCUGCAGAUGGGCAGUAUAUGACUCCGAAGGACACUACUAUGGAUAAUGCAGAUCUAGCAAUGACAGAUGCGUCAUCUCUACAACAACAGGUCGAUAGUGCUUCAUUCACAGAGAAGCUUGCUCCGACCAACGGACUGCAACCUUCAGCGCAGCCACAGCCACAGCCGCCCACACCUGACUCGUCAGUGUCGAACCAGAUGAUGAUUGUCUCCAAUGACCGACCGUCACAUCCUGAAAAUAUGACCGGGUCCAGCGGCUCCAACAUAGGAGAACCACAAACAUCAAACGGCGCCAUCGAUGCUAUCUUCGAAGACCUCGCAUAUCUCGACACAACCGAAUGGGCCAAUAACCGCGAGGCAGGACUGAAAGAAUUCGGCUUUAUCGACGACAGCACAUUCCAAGCGUUCUGUCACGAUCCAGACCGUCUGGUGGGAUCGCAGCCAUUAAUUCAUCCGCCAUCUAUAGCUGAUAUCUGGCCACCGCCGGGAUUCUUCCCGGAGACAUUUCAGGAUAAUUCGGAUGACCGAAUGAGUACGUAA